AUGGAGCAGUCGAGCGACACUGCGCCGCGACGGCGAAAGUCGCUGAGCCAAUCGAUCCGCGCGCGACUAUCGCGGCCCAUCUCUCGCGACAGCACAUAUAACCACCCAGCGUCGCCGCUGCCGCCUCUGCCCAUCUCGCGCGCUCGGUCGGCAGACAGCAUCUUCAAGCCCGUACCAAAGCCAGCCUCUGUGGCACCCAUCAGUAUGGCGGAUCUCGACACGGCGUGGUCUUCCAUCACUCCGCCGGCGUUCCCUGUGCCGCUGCAAUAUGCAGCAUGCUACUGCGAGGAGAACGUGUACAUGCUCGCGCAGCAUCUCGCUGCCAAGCUCACGCGCGCCAACCGCGCCGCGAUCAAUAUCACGCAGAGCCAGAAGCAGCCCGCGCCGGGGCAGGCCCUAUUUGUGCCCGUGUGGGACGUGCAUGUGCUCUUCAUCAGCAAUGCGGGCAAGACGGUGCUGCUGUACGAACAGGCCGCGUCCAAGCUGCCCAGCGCCGGAUCGCCUGUGAUUUGGGACUACCACGUUGUAGCCGCCGUCACCGCACAUCUCGUCCCACUUCACCAACUCGCGGUACAGCCAGAUGCAACAAUUGCUCGGCCGCCCGUGUUCGCCAAUGGGGAAGGCUGGAGCCGAACGUGGAUUUACGACCCAGACUCGCGCCUCGCUAGGACCGCAGUCAGCGCAGAGGGCGGCGAGCUGCUCAGGCCAGUACCGAAGCACGAGUACGAUGACAAGACGUUCCGGCCGGACGAUAUCGCAGCGGGCGUGAUACCGCCUCAUUUCCAGCCGGCCUUCCGAUACAUUGCGGCCAACGACUUUAUCGCAGGCUUCGCAAGCGAUCGCAGCCACAUGCUUCAAGAUGGCCCGGUAGGGAUCGGUGGAAAGGUGUGGAGCGCCCCGCCUCCCGUGUGGGAUCCUAUCGUAGGUGCGAGGGCCGCCAAGCUGGGCGAGUCGAAUAACCUCAUGCGGUGCUACGUCGAUAUGGCGGCAUCCGAGGCCGGGUUCGGCACUGUCGUGGAUGCAAGCACCUGGUUGGGCUGCCAGAGUCUCCCCUGCUCUUCACUGGGUGCCACGAUCACGGACGCGCUUGCAGUCGGAGCUGCCAGCUGCAGCCAGCGAGCAUUGCCAGUAUCGUCAGCCAGGGACUCACGCUGGCUAGCCCCACCAUCGACUGCACGCCCAGCAGCAGCAAAAGAGGAUGCGCCCAACGGAGCGGCGAGGGGAGGCAGGAUCGCGUCGCCGCUCUUUCCGGCCUACCUGCACGCUUCGCAGCAACACCGCUCCCGUCCUCCACCACCGCCUCCCACACACUGA